AUGGUGAAAAACUUUUCUGUGGACUGGCUUGCCCAGAGCUAUCAUGACUACAAACAGGAUCAAGAACCAGUGGAGACUUCUCAGGCUCUUGUAAAGCGACAUGUGCCUUGUCUGGUCCAACCGCGGCCUCCGACUUCUUACGACAAGGUUUACAUUCAGCAAAAAUUGAAAUGUAGCCGGACUGAGGAGAACACAAGCGCAGAGGAACAGAAAGAGAAGGAAGGCAUUGUGUUUACGCACUCAGCUCAGAGAAACUGCACCUCCCCAAGCUCUUCAGAGAACAGCGGUUACUCUUCAGGUUAUGAGAGCGAGGCCGCUGCCUCAGAGUGUCCCUCCACUGAAGACAGAAGUGAGGGGGAGAGAGAUGGAGGCGUCCAGCGCAGAGUCAGAACCAAAUUCACUCCAGAGCAAAUUGAGAAGUUGGAGAAAAUCUUCAGCAAACACAAAUACCUGGAUGCGAGUGAGAGGGUUAAAACCGCACAGAAACUCAACCUAUCCGAAACUCAGGUUCGGACUUGGUUUCAGAAUCGCAGGAUGAAACUGAAGCGUGAGGUUCAGGAGUUGAGGGCUGAAUACACGUUUCCCAUCUUGCCCCACGUCCUUUUCUCAGCGGUUCCUUCGCUUCCCUUCCACUUCGGCGGACAGCGCAUGACUUUCCCCGCAGCUCCUCACGGGCCGAACCCGCACGUGAUCCCAGCCCUCCCUGUUCAUCACCGCACCAUCCCGCACCAGCAGAUCAUUCCUCAGCACAGCCACCACAUGAUCUCCAUGCGUCAUUACUACUAG